UCCAAGCAGGCUGGUAGAAAUUUCAUGCAUAUGCCAGAGCAGCCAGACAAUACGGGGCAGCCUAAUGAUUCUAACACCUACCUCACUCCUGGCUUCCUAUAAAUACAAUUAAUACCUUACUUCCCUUAUCAUCUCCCAUAUCUAUCUUCCAACGUAUAUCAAACAGGUGAUCAGAAAAUGGCCGGAAAACAAUGCGUCAUGUUCUUGGUGUUGUUGUGUGCCGCGAUUGGAAGUGCUUAUGCUCAGAGUGCUACUAAUGUGAGAGCCACGUACCACUACUACAAUCCACAAAACAUCAACUGGGAUUUGCGAGCUGCAAGCGCCUACUGCUCGACAUGGGACGCCGACAAGCCCUUGGCAUGGCGCAGCAAGUACGGAUGGACUGCCUUCUGUCACCCCGCCGGUCCGAGCGGACAAGCCGCCUGUGGAAGGUGCCUGGUAGUGACUAACACCGCCACCGGAGUUAAGGCGACGGUGAGGAUCGUCGACCAGUGCGCCAACGGAGGGAUGGACUUGGAUGUGAAUGUGUUUAACCAGAUAGACACGGACGGGCGUGGGUAUCAGGCAGGACACCUGAUAGUUAGCUACAACUUUGUGAACUGUGGGAAUGGACUAAUUGCAUCAUCGUGAAUUAGUUAGGGAGCUUUUCUAUAGUAAGACAUGAAUAACUUCAUCAUAGAUCGAUGAAGGAUGGAAUAAGUUAAUCAACAAAAAGUGGUGAUAUUGCUCCUUGAA